GUAGUCACUCUUACUGUAAUAUUGUAUGUGCUCUACUCUAUCGGGUUGUGUUUGUAUACCUGACUGUUGCAUACCUGCUCAUGGAUUUCAAUUCCUUCUGGCGCUUGUCUGGGUGUGUGGCACGAAUCGUGUGAGAGCCCGAUUUAGCUAAGUACUGCUCUCUUCCCGCCUUUGUGAGCCCGACAAUCACCGACCCACAUUGCCAAGUAGAUAGAGCAUUCCUGCCAGGCGUUCGAAGAUGCCAUCUGCCUCAAAUAGCAUCAGCAACAUUCCCUUAGAGCCGGUUUCCCAUGCUGCUUCCAGCUCUACCUCGAACUCCGUGCCAUUCCCGGCUCAAAGCGAGCAAGCAAUGAAGUCCAUACCAGAUUCAGAAUCAGCGAGCUCGAGGUUGACAAGCUCUGACAAACUUUCUGCUCUACCUCUCCCUUCCUCGUCAAGUCUGACUCGUGUCCGUGGUCCAGUCCGCGCGUUUCGUCGUAGUCUCGACCCUUCGUCUUCUUCACUGCCUAGCAUACAUUCAUCUCCAGGUAUUGCAUCACAACAGCUGCAACCUUCAGUGUCUCGAGGUGCCGAAUCUGACUCAUCUGUGGGACACGACACUCCUCAACAAAGGGUAUCCUUUGAUAGUGAUCGAGGGUCUCUACCAGCUACUCUGCAGGGUAUUAGACAAGCCAUUGUAGGUCGGCAUGGUACCAGGAGUGACUCCGCUGUGGCAUCCGUCCAUACUGAUAGUCCAGCACUCGGGGCACAUGCCCAACGACCCAAUGCCUCUCCUCGCAAAGACGAACAGCAUACCCCGCUGUCACGGUCUCCAACGCCGUCUCGUGCAGCCUCUCCACUACGACUAUUUGGGUUCAACCUGCAUCGGACGCACUCUAGAGAUGAACCUUUCAUCCCAGUCGAUCCCUUUCAAUCUCGCUUGCGAUGGUUCUCCUCUCCUUCUUCCACCCCACAACGUCGUCCACUAGAAUUGGAUGUAGAAUGCCGCGACACUUUUGCUACAUGUUUACCCUUACCCAUUCAGUGUACCAAUACCAAUUCAAGGUUGAACGUAUGGACCGCCAAUAUCGGUAUUUUCUUCACGGACACCUUGCCACGACAGCUAUACCUGCAUAUACUCCUCCGUCUCCCUUCGCUCUACUUCUCCCGCGUUGCUAGGAUCUUCGAGGAUGCCGAAGUCAGCAAACACGAAAUCGGGCGGAUGAUUCAAAUGUGUGCUCCUGUUGAUGACACACAACAGUCCAAUGGUAGGUUUGGUAGAGGCGCAGGGUACGCUACGCCUCCGAUAAGCGUCGGGGGAAGUAAUCCCGCUCCUAGACGUACGGACACUCUGCCGCCGUAUCCUGAAGAGUGGAUUCCUCCGGCUGUAUCGCCCGCACUAUAUCGCUUCAAACAUUCUUGGGAACAGUUCGUAGAUUCACUGUUGAAAGAAUGGAAAACGUUGAACCUUGUUUCCGCUUUGCUUUGCACGGCCAUCUUGACCAUGUUCCAAGUCCCCGACGCAGCAGGGGAUCCUCUUACACGAUGGGCCGCCAUUCUCUCGUUGAUUUGUGCACUCAUGAGUUUGACAUAUGGAUGUGUAUACAUUGUGCAAUUCGGCACGAUGCGCAGUAUGUACAAAGCUUCGCGAUGGGCAGAGGAAGCGCAAAGGACCAAAACGGUCAUAUGGUGGAACAUAUGGGUUCUGCUAGCCACACCAGCCAUAUGGCUCGCGUGGUCGAUGAUCUCGUUCUGUGUUUCAAUUUUGUCCUAUGUCUGGCGCACUGGUGCAGAGGACGACCCUGAAGACGGAAUACGUCCACCCCUUAAUCCUACCGUUGCGUUAGCCAUUCGGGUGGUGGUGACGGUCAUAUUCGGAUUAGGCUUGUUAUAUUUCGCCCUCAUCAUGAGGACAUUCAGUACCUACGGAGAACGAGAAGCGGGAAGGAGAGGUCGACUGGGAGGCAUGGCGUUCAAGUCACCGGCAUUCUCUGGGCUGGGGGAUAGGGAGGCUAGAACGGGAAUGGAUCAGGAAAGGGAUCCAGCCUUCAGAGGAAGAAGCAGAACUGACGACCGGGGAAGAUCACCGGAUUUCAAGGACAACCCUUCAACUGCCCUGGGGCUAGGACUCAGUUUCGACGUGUCAGCCACUAGAUUGGGGCCGCUCAAGGAAGUUGGUAGUGAUACUAACUCGUUCGAAAAAGAUAAUCAGAAGAUAUCGCCAAAGCUCUGAACAUGACUACAGCACGACUUGCAACGAUUUCACGUUAUUUCUUGACGACUCACUUCACGACCCAUUCAACUUUUGGACCACAUUCCAUACCUCAUCAUUGAUAACGAUCACGGACUGUAACCAUACUGUUUUCAGAUCUGUUUCACAAAGGCUUCAACAAGGGUUGUAUACCAAUAACUUAUGCAGCGACUAGAAAAUCAUCCAGACGAUUCGGGAUUUCGAUGUUCAAAUCGAGCUAAAGUACAAAUAAAAGUACACUGAUGCUACACCUCGGGAAGUAUUCGUACAACAGGACAGGGGAAUAUGAUACAACAAAACAAUGCGCGCUCGACGAGACAAAUCGCGCCAAGAACGCCUUCAACAUCGAGAAAAUGAAGAUAGCUUAAUGACGAUGGAAGCUCUGAGUGGAAGGCAUGCCUGUGGGAACGGGUGCAUGAGGGACGGGUGCAUGGGGAGUCUUGAUUUUGAGGCCUGAAGCAAGCAUGAGGAAAAUUAUUCGGCCAGACUAAUGGGAGGCAUACCAAGGUCCUCUGCGAUCAAGUCGGCACCCUUCUCGCCGACUAAUAGUGCGGAGGAGUAGGUGUUCGUUCCGAGGUUAUCCUUUCAAGCUUGUCAAUUUAUGCAGUAAGAGUAAAGAAAGAGUAAGUCGU